AUGAGAAUACUUGAAAGGUUUUUCUUGCUCUGCCUUUUCCUCAAUCAUGUUUUGGGAAGUCCUCUUACAAAGGAUCAAAAGUUGCCUAGUGAUGAAGAAUAUUCUUUUGACCUGCAUAAAAAACACACUACUAUUGACGAAUUUGCCGAAGGGAUUGAAAAAGAAUAUAAGUUACAAAAAAGUGUAUUUGAUAAUGAAGAAUCUAUAUAUCAACCUAGUAUUGGAUCAGGUACAGUUACCUUAUCUACGAUCACUUCAACUUUUACAAAUGAAAAUGGUGAACAAAGAACUAAAACUAUUUUCAUUAUUUCUACUCCUAAGAGAAUGACUUCGAGAAAAACUACAUUACUACCAGAUGCAGAUUACGAUCAGACUGAAACCAAUACCCAACAAUAUAUAGAUCAAGAUGAAUAUGCAUCAACUAUACCUAUUAUACAAAGAUCCGAACUGAAGAAAAGAUCAAUAUUUACAAUUAUCAGGCAAAUGCCUGAUAAUGCACUAUUCAAGAGAGAGCAAUUAGAUGAAAAUUCUAUCUCUGAAAGCCAAUCAACAUUCUUAACUGAAUAUACAUACUCAACGAUUUAUACUACUGUUACACAAAGCGAUGGACAACUAACAAUCGAAACAACAUAUUUUGUAUAUACAAGAAGGCCUUUUACCACAACAAGUAGUAGCUACACAUACUGGACAGGAACAUACACCUCGACAAUUAAAUCAAUUACUACAACAUACAUCGGAACAGAUAAGGGAGUAACUACUGAAACCAUAUAUAUUAUAGAAACACCUACCAACGCACUAACGUCCACCUCAUACACCUACUGGACUGGUAGCCACUCGUCCACCUUCACUACGAUCACAACUACUUUCACAGGCAGUGAUGGAGAGGAAACAACUGAAACGAUCUACGUCGUGGAAACACCUACCAAUGGACUAACAUCCACCUCAUACACCUACUGGACUGGUAGCCACUCGUCCACCUUCACUACGAUCACAACUACUUUCACAGGCAGUGAUGGGGAGGAAACAACUGAAACGAUCUACGUCGUGGAAACACCUACCAAUGGACUAACAUCCACCUCAUACACCUACUGGACUGGUAGCCACUCGUCCACCUUCACUACGAUCACAACUACUUUCACAGGCAGUGAUGGGGAGGAAACAACUGAAACGAUCUACGUCGUGGAAACACCUACCAAUGGACUAACAUCCACCUCAUACACCUACUGGACUGGUAGCUACUCGUCCACCUUCACUACGAUCACAACUACUUUCACAGGCAGUGAUGGGGAGGAAACAACUGAAACGAUCUACGUCGUGGAAACACCUACCAAUGGACUAACAUCCACCUCAUACACCUACUGGACUGGUAGCCACUCGUCCACCUUCACUACGAUCACAACUACUUUCACAGGCAGUGAUGGAGAGGAAACAACUGAAACGAUCUACGUCGUGGAAACACCUACCAAUGGACUAACAUCCACCUCAUACACCUACUGGACUGGUAGCCACUCGUCCACCUUCACUACGAUCACAACUACUUUCACAGGCAGUGAUGGGGAGGAAACAACUGAAACGAUCUACGUCGUGGAAACACCUACCAAUGGACUAACAUCCACCUCAUACACCUACUGGACUGGUAGCUACUCGUCCACCUUCACUACGAUCACAACUACUUUCACAGGCAGUGAUGGGGAGGAAACAACUGAAACGAUCUACGUCGUGGAAACACCUACCAAUGGACUAACAUCCACCUCAUACACCUACUGGACUGGUAGCCACUCGUCCACCUUCACUACGAUCACAACUACUUUCACAGGCAGUGAUGGGGAGGAAACAACUGAAACGAUCUACGUCGUGGAAACACCUACCAAUGGACUAACAUCCACCUCAUACACCUACUGGACUGGUAGCCACUCGUCCACCUUCACUACGAUCACAACUACUUUCACAGGCAGUGAUGGGGAGGAAACAACUGAAACGAUCUACGUCGUGGAAACACCUACCAAUGGACUAACAUCCACCUCAUACACCUACUGGACUGGUAGCUACUCGUCCACCUUCACUACGAUCACAACUACUUUCACAGGCAGUGAUGGGGAGGAAACAACUGAAACGAUCUACGUCGUGGAAACACCUACCAAUGGACUAACAUCCACCUCAUACACCUACUGGACUGGUAGCCACUCGUCCACCUUCACUACGAUCACAACUACUUUCACAGGCAGUGAUGGAGAGGAAACAACUGAAACGAUCUACGUCGUGGAAACACCAACGACAUUAUCUUCAACCAGUGAAUCAAAAUCUUCGGAAGAAAUAUCGAAGUCCUCUAUUUACAGUAGUAUUAUUUCCACUAACUCAAGAUCUCUGGUCAGUACCACUAAUUCCCAAACCAAAACUGAAUCGAUACAAACAAAUACCAACUCCAACACUGAAUCAAUGACUGGUUCUGUUAACACCAACACUAACACCAACACCAACACCAACACUGAAUCUAUGACUGGUUCUGUUAACACCAACACUAACACCAACACUGAAUCUAUGACUGGUUCUGUUAACACCAACACCAACUCCAACACUGAAUCAAUGACUGGUUCUGUUAACACCAACACCAACACCAACACUGAAUCAAUGACUGGUUCUGUUAACACCAACACCAACUCCAACACCAACACUGAAUCUAUGACUGGUUCUGUUAACACCAACACCAACACCAACACUGAAUCAAUGACUGGUUCUGUUAACACCAACACCAACACCAACACUGAAUCAAUGACUGGUUCUGUUAACACCAAUACCAACACCAACACUGAAUCAAUGACUGGUUCUGUUAACACCAACACCAACUCCAACACUGAAUCAAUGACUGGUUCUGUUAACACCAACACUAACACCAACACUGAAUCUAUGACUGGUUCUGUUAACACCAACACCAACACCAACACUGAAUCAAUGACUGGUUCUGUUAACACCAACACCAACUCCAACACUGAAUCAAUGACUGGUUCUGUUAACACCAACACCAACACCAACACUGAAUCAAUGACUGGUUCUGUUAACACCAACACCAACACCAACACCAACACUGAAUCAAUGACUGGUUCUGUUAACACCAACACCAACUCCAACACUGAAUCAAUGACUGGUUCUGUUAACACCAACACCAACACUGAAUCAAUGACUGGUUCUGUUAACACCAACACUAACUCCAACACUGAAUCUAUGACUGGUUCUGUUAACACCAACACCAACACCAACACUGAAUCAAUGACUGGUUCUGUUAACACCAAUACCAACACCAACUCCAACACUGAAUCAAUGACUGGUUCUGUUAACACCAACACCAACUCCAACACUGAAUCAAUGACUGGUUCUGUUAACACCAACUCCAACACCAACACUGAAUCAAUGACUGGUUCUGUUAACACCAAUACCAACACCAACACUGAAUCAAUGACUGGUUCUGUUAACACCAACACCAACUCCAACACUGAAUCAAUGACUGGUUCUGUUAACACCAACACU